GAUUUCGUGCAGUUUUUAGCAACGGUCGUUGGCGUUGUUGUCCUGUGCUUGACUGUAUGAUAGUGUUUGUAGGUUAUCGCGGAGUAAUUUCUACUGCAAGCUGUCCAACGUAGGGAUCCCAACUGUUCUUGGAGCUUAGAAUUUAUCCACCACAUUUACGACAGGGUUGGGACGAUUGGAUAUCUGGCAUGGUGGUUGAUAAUCGGCAGUGUUUAUGAACCAAAUUCUAUUGGGCCCUGAUCACACUCGGAGCUUGCCGUAAACGGUUUGGAAUAGGCGGUAUGUCGUUUCUGGGCACAAUUUGCCCAUGCUUGAAAGCCGAGGAGCCACCACCACGACGGAAGAAGAUCGAUCGAGCGAUGAUCGGAGAGCCAAGCAAUUUUGUGCACACGGGGCACAUCGGAUCUGGCGAUAUGGGUGGCGGAGCUUCAUCAGCGCUUUCGGAAAUUCAGCAGCGAAUGGAAUCGAAGGGAGGCUACCAGGCGAAUGGAACAGCAGCGGAAUGAAAUCGACAAUGCUUGAUUUGCCGCCUUCAGAUUUCGAUCCUCAUUCUCAAGCGCUCGGUCGCAUUAGCAUAUUUACUUUAUCCGGGUUGGAUGCAUGGCCGCAUGGGUGGGCGUUCCUUCACCGCAACCACCGCCGCCGGCGUCGGAAGCCACUCACUACUAGUAGUAGCACUAGUUCACACGACUGGCUCAUCCAGCUUCGCUGUAAAUAUCCGUUCCUCGACAUCAUCAAACGUGCGAGGCUGAGUUUAGGAUUUUCCCUCCCCCGUGUUGCACAGCGCAACAAUAAAUUUAUUUGUACAGUUCAGCCUAUUUUUUUGCUCCAUGAUGUAUUUCUUUCCUUUCUCACAUGAAAAUUUUAAGAUCUUGAAAUACCCCACAACAGAUCCGCCAGCGUGCCCUUUCCCGUCGUCUCCCGGUCUUUUAGCCUUCAUUUUUUUUAUACCAGCCACUUGUGUUUCUUUUCAGAGACGGAAAGAAGAGUAUGCCAGCAGCGCGUCUUGCUCAGUGCUAUGCACUGGCAUCCGCGCCCCGCUGUGAACAAGUUAGUGCUGUGGUAGUCAGGGUAUCUCUUGACUGCACUCGCGUGUGCGCUCGUGCCAUACCUCCACCCGUUUUGUUGUCGUCUUGCUGACUAUUCUCCUGCUAUUCCUUUGUUAUCCUAGCUCCCGAAUCUGUUUGGGUGCCAGCUUUUUGUUUGGUCUUGUACGCUACCUCACCUCUUGUCAGACUGUUGUCCGUCACCUGGCAGAUCCCAUUCGCAUGACAGUGUACACACCUAAAGCAUGUCUCCCCUUAUUUGCAUAGAUAACGAAAUAUCAUCCCCCUUUUUCCUUCUUUUUUUCAUUUUCAUCAUGCUUUUGUUUCUUGAUGGUGGCUGCUCUUUUGGUUGUUGUCUGUGCAGCCUUCUUGACACUUUACGCUGAAUUGGACAUAAUGGUUUUUCUUCUGUAGUUCUCCUGUGGAUUUGGAUUUGUGGAAUUAAUAUUAUAGUGAGAUGGUCUCAUUUUUGAUUCUUACCCUUGUUGCUUUCUCUGAUAUAGACCUAGUUGUGCCGACUACCAGAUUAAUUAUUAUUGUUGUGGAGAUAGUUCUUCCAAACCGAA